UUGCAUCUUUGAAUCUCACCACUACAGCAGGAUCGAGAUGCUAUAAUUAGCACGAAGGAGGAGGCCUGAGGGAGGUGGGGAAUCGAAGCAAUCGAUCGCCUCUUUGAGCUCGUCGAUCUCUCUCGCUCCUCCUUCCUAAGCGAUUUGAACACGACGCGCAAGAAGUGCUUUGCAUUCAUGGAUCCCACGCAGCGGCACGAGGACCAGAGUCCUGGCGCUCCGGCUCCGGCUCCGGCCAUGGCUGCAGGGGCGGCGCGCAGGGAGCGGCCGCGGAAGGAGGCGGCGCUCAACUGCCCGCGCUGCAACUCGACCAACACCAAGUUCUGCUACUACAACAACUACAGCCUGCGGAUGCCGCGCUACUUCUGCAAGACCUGCCGCCGCUACUGGACCGAGGGCGGCUCGCUCCGGAACGUCCCCGUGGGCGGCGGCUCAAGGAGAAGGAACCGCGCGUCGUCCUCUGCCGUGUCGGCGGCGGCGACCGAAGCAGUCACCCCCUCCGCCUCCGGCACGAUUCCCGUGGAGCUGGCUGCCAAGAACCCCAGGCUGGUGCACGAGGGAGCGCGCGACCUCAAGCUGGCGUUCCCGCACCACGGCGGCCGCGGCCUGCUGCAGCCGCCGGAGUUCGCGGCGUUCCCGAGCUUGGAGACCAGCGGCGCGACCGUGGCGGGCGGCAACGGCGCCGCGAGAAGCGGCGUGGGCGUGCUCUCGGCGAUGGACUUGCUCAGGAGCGCCGGCUGCUAUGUCGACGCGCAGCUAGGGAUGCCCGCCGAGCACGUGGCCGCGGGGUUCGGGCUGGGCGAGUUUCGCUUUCGCAUGCCCGCGCCGCCGCCGGUCACGCACGUGCACGGCACGCGAGGUGUGCAGGAGAGCGCGGGUAGCAGCCUGCUCUUCCCCUUCGAGGACUUGAAGCUGGCGGCGAGCGCGGGUGAGGACGCAACCGCCGGGGCUGAUCAAGGAGAUGACGGCGGCGUGGUGACCGCUGGCCAUGAGACCACGGGGUUCUGGAGCAAUAGCAUGAUCGGGAACGGCAGCAGCAAUGGUGGCGCCAGCCCUUGGUAAAGGCGGCGCGGUCCGUUAUCUUUCUGAUGUACUCUGAAGUCUGAAUUGGUUCAGUAAAGAGGACAGCAUGCUUCCAGUUGAUCU